UUCUUCCCCUCGCAAAAUCAACAUAAACCCUAAAAAAAUACUUAGGAAUUUGAAAUAUUAAAUUAAUUUCGUUCAGCUUUUGCAGAUCUCAGACGCGUCGCGAUUGAAGCUUCAGAAGAAGGCUGCGUUUCUGUACUUGUUCUCAGAAGCCAAGCGGAUCGUUAGAAAGCUGUGUUCUUUUUUGUUGAUUUGUCUUGGAAAUGUAUGGUGUUUGUUGCGUGCAGCUUGGGGUAGUUGAAGAUUGAAAUUUUUGGCAAUUUUUCGGGUAAAAUUCGAGUAGCUUAGAGGGUUUUCUUGUUUAAAGUUCGAGCUCUGGGUCUCAUGAGAAUUGUUAGGGGAAUGCAGAGAUCGUUUCCCGAGGAGCAGAGCGUGCUGGGCUGGAAGAAAACCUUCAGCCAAGGGAUUGGCGUGACUGUGCCCAAGGCCAGAACGCGUGACAAACAUAACUCUAAGUUUGGGGUUUUGUAAAGGAUUUUAGGCUAGGGUUUUGAAGACGUUAAACAUUGAAUGCAAUGACUCGAAUUCUGGUUCAGCGAGGUUCUUCGAGUGGUUCUUCUUCCAAUUCAACUCGUCCUUCUUCCUUGUCUGGGUCUUCUUCUGCUUGGGCACAGCCACAGGUUAAUAAUCCUCAGGUUCUUUCGGUUGUGAAAGAUGAGGAAAUUGUUGAGGAGGCACAGGAAAAUGUUAUUUUGGAUGAGCUGCCAGAGUAUUGUGAGAAUGGUGACAAUAAGGCUGUGAAAAGUGAGGAUCUUUUGACAGAAAGCUUUAAUGAUGACAGUGUGAGUCCAAGUGAUGAACUAGCUGAUGGGGAGAAAGUUGGUAAAAAUGACAUUGCAAGCCCAGGGGAAUUGAUGAAAGGUCUAGACGGGCUGAGGAUUUCUGAAAGGGUGACAGUUGAAAAUGUGGACUGGAGCAGGGAUUCUUUACAGAAUGUGAUUGGGAGCUCUCAACCACCACCUCCUCCGGUCCCUCCCCCAAAACUUCCCUUGGCAAACUCAAAUUCAAGGAGAUCUGUCUCAGGAAGUUCAAAUGCUGUGCGGAUUGGACCUUCUAGAAGAGCAGUUGCCUGGCCUGUUGUUUCAACUAGGACUUCGCCGAAUGGGUCGCGGCCUUCUUCUCCCAGGUCUCAUGGUGAAAGCGAGGGGUACAAUAGUGCUGAUGAGCAAAGUCCUUGCUUUGUAUCUUCCUAUGAUGACACUGAAAGAGAACGACAGUUUGAAAUUGAUAUCAGACGUGCAAAAGGUUUUGAAGUGAAAAAAAUGCUGGAGGAUGGGAAUUGUCUCUUUCGUGCUGUUGCAGAUCAAGUUUAUGGGGAUUCUGAAGCCUAUGACUUGAUCAGGCAAAUGUGCAUAGAUUACAUGGAACGAGAGAGGGAUCACUUUUCUGAAUUUAUUACAGAAGGAUUUACCUCUUAUUGUAAGAGGAAAAGAAGAGACAAGGUAUACGGAAACAAUGUGGAGAUCCAAGCCUUAUCUGAAAUGUAUAAUCGGCCCAUCCAUAUUUAUUCCUAUAGCACAGAACCAAUUAAUAUCUUCCACGGAAGCUAUGACACUGACACACCACCCCUACGAUUAAGUUAUCAUCAUGGAAAUCAUUACAACUCUCUUGUUGAUCCCCGUCGUCAGACCAUCGGUGUAGGACUUGGGUUCAGCCGUCUUCGUGGGUCAAAUGUUGACAAGGAUCAGGUCAAGGCUGCUAUUAAGGCUCAACAAGACCAACAAAUUGAUAAUGCACUUCUAGCUGAGGGGCGAUUUUACUCGGAUCUGGAGCUUACUGAGAAAGAAAUUGAGCGCAUGGUGAUGGAAGCUUCAAGGCUUGAAUAUGCAGACGGCACAUUUAAGCAACAACUUGGUCGUAGAGAAUCUUCCACUUCUAGUGCUGAGCCGUCAUCUUCUGGAGCUAGAUCAUCGGGCAGUGAGACUAAAAUGGGAGGGAGGGACAAAGGAUUUCAGGACUCGACCCUUAGCAGUAGUAUGCAAGUCGUGCUAUCGAUGGGGUUCAGCUACCUGCAGGUGAUCGAGGCAUACAGCAUAUUCGGAGAUGAUGUCGAUUCCAUGGUUUGUUACUUGUUGGAAACUAGCAGCAGUGACCGGCGCAAAGGCAAGGCAACUGAAUGAGCUGGUACGAGCCAAUUUGGGGAUGCUCGCGAGAUUGUGCUGGUUUCGUUGUGCUGAAACUGUAGUGUUGGUAAAGAAAAUGAUUCCUAAUUAAUGGAGGCCUGUGAAUCUUAAAUAUGUUAUCCAAGUUUGUUCAAUAAAAUGGAUUUACUAGUC